UACGAUCGCCUGAGGACACUCACGUACUCCGAGGCUGACGUUUUCAUCGUCUGCUUCUCCGUUGCAUCUCGGGAUUCUUUCUCAAAUGUCCGCGCUAGGUGGCUACCGGAGCUCAAGUCGUUCAAACCAAAAGUUCCAAUCAUCCUCGUUGGCACGCAGUCAGAUCUGAGGGAAGAUAGUCCUGAACGCCCCAGACUCUCCUCCAGAGACUCCACAUUCUCCUCUUUGUCUCUGUCUUCGCAAACGUCAUCUCACGUGACUUACAAAGAAGGCAAACGAUUGGCUAGCGAAGUUCUUGCAGAGAAGUUCGUUGAGUGUUCGGCUCGGACCGGCGACGGUUUGGACAAAAUUUUCUAUCAGGCGAUGAUGACAGCGGCUUUUCCUAAACGGAAAAGAGUGUUGUGGCAGAAAUUCAAGAGGGUGUUUGCUAAAGGAUGAUGCUUUUCCUACGACAAUGUUGAGCGGACUUGAAAGCAUAGAUAGCUUUGUUUAUGCUAUAAAUUCACUGAACUACUUUGCAACCGUCUGGGUUCGCUACCCUU